AUGGUCUUCGCAAUCACGAAAGCCCAGCGGCUGAUGAUCAUUAUCGGCAUCUCCUGCUCAUUCUUUCUCGCCGAAAUUGGAGUGGGCUUUUACACGAAGUCGCUUGCUUUGGUGGCGGAUGCCUUCCAUUAUUUGAAUGAUCUUGUCGGAUUUAUCGUGGCACUUGUUGCUUUCAAGAUCUCUGAAAGAAGUCACUCUCCAAAAGAGCUCUCCUUUGGCUGGCAACGAGCCAAUCUGCUUGGGGCCUUCUUCAAUGGAGUUUUCCUCUUAGCUCUGGGUGUCAGCAUCUUCCUGCAGGCCAUUGAACGAUUUGUUUCACUACAACGUGUUGAGAAUCCUAAGCUUGUUUUGAUUGUUGGCUGCGUUGGUUUUUCUCUGAAUGUCAUCAGUGCAGCAUUUCUCCAUGAACACGAUCAUGCUGUUAAUCAGGUUGUCGAUAAUGGUGCAGGAGGAUCUACGGAAGUGGAUUUGGGUGCUCCUGGACACAGUCACACCUCCCACCGCCACGAAGCCUCACCAAUGUCCCAGACCAAGGGACAUAACCAUGACUUGGGCAUGAUGGGUGUGCUUCUGCAUGUCAUCGGUGAUGCGGCAAACAAUGUCGGCGUCAUCAUCGCAGCAACUGUGAUCUGGAAAGCCAAUUACCCUGCAAGAUUCUACGCGGAUCCAGCUGUUAGUAUGGCAAUUGCAUUGAUGAUCCUGCUAUCGUCGAUCCCUCUAGUCAGGAAGGCAGGUGCAAUCUUGAUGCAGACAGUUCCACGCGGUUUGGAUCCGAACGAUGUGAAACAUGAUAUUGAAACGAUUGCUGGUGUCCUCGCUGUUCACGAAUUGCACAUCUGGCGUCUAAAUCAACAAAAAGCUGUUGCAUCUGCUCAUAUCGUCGUUUCAGACGAGACAAUGACCAAUUUUAUGGGCCUUGCCAACACGAUCAACGAGUGCUUCCAUGCGUACGGCGUCCAUUCGGCCACUCUGCAGCCAGAAUUGCUGCCACUGAUACAAAGUGUUUCUGAAGCGCAACCUCGGGCGAGUGACCACGGCUCGGAAGGAUUGCGACGCAGGAAUGUCGAUGAUGGUUCUUGCAUGCUGGGGUGCAGGGCUGCUCUGUGCGAGGAUCUAACGUGCUGUGGCUGA